CUGAGGAGAUACGCCAUCCAAGCAACGGAGCUGAGGAGAUACGCCAUCCAAGCACAAGGUAGGCAGAGGUCAAGGAAAGACAAGAGCGUGCGUCUAAACGAUGGUUACAGGCGCAGAAGCGGUGGGGUGAACUUUGGCAUACCGACGGCGGCGGGAAACGGUGACGAGUUUAAACAGGAUGAGUGUCCAAACACGGCUUCGGUGGACUGCCGAGAAUGGCCACGCCGACAUGGUUAAGCUGCUUCUCGACGACAAGGGUGCCGACGUGGAGGAGCCACCAGUACAGCAAUCGGUCGACGACACGCUCGAGCACAGCCCAAACCCAGACCAGAAGCGCCAACGGAAGCGCCAACGGACAUGGCGCACCCCGCCUGCUGAGACCACGUUUGGCGAGCCAGCCAUUGGCAGCGGCGACCCCGACCCGAUUGCGUUCUGGCGGAAGGAGGGGCGCUGGCCAAAGGAACUGUUCCAGCCCAAAGACACAGGGGAGAUGGUUCCCACCAUGAAGGGUUUACUUGGGCGGAAGAAGUCCUCGUCCAACCUGUCCCGCAAGCGAUCCAACUCUGCUAGUUCAACGCCGAGCGACCAAAAGCCGCAUGAGGAGAAAAGCGCACCAUACCGAGACCAGCGUUAUGAAACUCUCCUCGAGGUCAAAGGUAGCUACAUGGCCAAAGCUUCUUUGCCAUUGCCCGAUGCCAGCAAGGCCCUCUGCCAAUCUCUCCUCGAGCAGACGCAGCCAAUUCCCGGCGAUACACUUUUCCGGGACGACAUUUUCGAAACGACAUGCCAGAAGAUACACAACAAAAAUGAGGCGCGAGUCAUCCAAGAUAUCACUCGACUCAUUGUUCCUUCGGCCGAGAGUCUCGCUACAUUCGGUGCAAGCCACCUCGACAUUUUGGUUGAGAGCGUCAACGAAUGGUGGAACAAUUCGGUCCCCUUUACCAGUCCUCGUCCCCAGCCGGACUAUUCGGUCGGCUUUAGGCGGGGGGCAUUCACCGACGAGCAGCUCGCCAAGCUAUCGCCAUUUAUCGGCAAUUUUAUCUCCGGGGACCAGUCCUUUUUUAUGGCCACGUACUACAUGUACUUCCCAUUCCUAACAUGCGAGGUGAAGUGCGGCGCCGCGGCGCUUGAUGUUGCAGACCGGCAAAACGCCCACAGCAUGACCCUCGCGGUACGGGCUAUGGUCGAGCUUUUUCGUGCUGUAAAGCGUGAGCGUGAAGUUGAUGGCCAGAUUCUCGCCUUCUCGAUUUCGCACGACUAUAGAUCAGUGCGGAUUUACGGCCACUACGCCGUAAUUACUGAAAAAAAUCCAACAAAGUAUUACCGUCACCCGAUCUACGAAUUUUCUUUUACUACGCUGGACGGCAAGGACAAAUGGACGGCAUAUCGAUUCACCAAGAACGUUUACGAUGUAUGGAUGCCCGCUCAUUUUAAGCGCGUUUGCUCCGCCAUUGAUCAGUUGCCGUCCGAGUUGGACUUUGAGGGGUCCUUGAUGCAGUCAGAUGCUGGCUCCGUUUCAGAGCCCGUCGAGCAGGACGUCCAGUCUAGCAACGCUGAGCAGCAAGGGUUGACUCGAGACCCUCCUUUACAGGGCUAG